CGUGGGCGUGGCCAAGCGGGGAUGUGGCGCGGUGGGACGGCGGCGUGGGGGCUGCUGCGGGGCGGCGGGGCCGGCAGCCCCCGGGCCGCUUCGGGAACGGCGGCGGCGGUGGUUCAUCUCCGCCAGCGGUUGGAAAAGGAGCUGGAAGACAUCCGAGGGGCCGGCACUUGGAAAAACGAGCGGGUCAUCGCUUCCCGACAGGGUCCCCACCUCCGUUUGGCCGGCGGCGGAGCCGGGAUCCUCAACUUCUGCGCCAACAACUAUCUGGGGCUCUCCAGCCACCCCGAGGUGAUCCGGGCGGCCGUGGAGGCCCUGGAGAAGUUCGGUGCCGGGCUCAGCUCCGUCCGCUUCAUCUGCGGUACCCAGAGCAUACACAAGGACCUGGAGGAGAAGAUCGCGCGUUUCCACCAGCGGGAAGAUGCCAUUCUCUACGCCAGCUGCUUUGAUGCCAACGCUGGUAUCUUUGAGGCCCUGCUGACCCCGGAGGAUGCAGUGCUGUCGGAUGAGCUGAACCAUGCCUCCAUCAUCGAUGGGAUCCGCCUGUGCAAGGCUAACAAGUACCGCUACAAGCACAUGGACAUGCAGGACCUGGAGGCGAAGCUGCAGGAGGCGCAGAAACAUCGUCUGCGGCUGGUGGCCACCGACGGUGCCUUCUCCAUGGAUGGUGACAUUGCACCCUUGAGGGAGAUCUGCCAGCUGGCCCAGAAGUAUGAUGCCCUGGUCUUCAUUGACGAAUGCCAUGCCACAGGCUUCCUGGGACCCAAUGGCCGGGGUACCGAUGAGCUCCUGGGAGUGAUGGACAAAGUCACCAUCAUCAACUCCACCCUGGGGAAAGCUCUUGGAGGAGCUGCAGGCGGGUACACAACUGGCCCCAAACCCCUCAUCGAUUUGCUCCGCCAGCGUUCCCGCCCGUACCUCUUCUCCAACAGCCUGCCCCCUGCCGUGGUGGGCUGUGCGUCCAAGGCCCUGGACCUCCUCAUGGAGAGCAAUGCUAUUGCACAGUCCAUGGCUGCCAAGACCCAACGGUUCAGAAGCAAGAUGACGGCAGCUGGCUUCACCAUCUCAGGGAAGGACCACCCCAUCUGUCCUGUCAUGCUUGGGGACGCUCGGCUGGCUGCAGUGAUGGCUGAGGACAUGCUGAACAGAGGCAUUUAUGUCAUUGGCUUUAGCUACCCCGUGGUCCCCAAGGGAAAGGCCCGCAUCCGGGUCCAGAUAUCAGCCGUGCACAGCGAUGAAGACAUUGAUCGCUGUGUGGAAGCUUUCACUGAGGUGGGACGGAAACACGGAGCGCUGCCUUGAGGGGUCAGCAAACGCCUCCUCCGGCACCUUCCUUGCCCGUGAUCCAAGUGCCUGUGCCGGGGGAAAGGGCUUGAGCAGCACGCUGCCGAAAUCAGGACCGGUCCUCGAGACGUCGCAGCCUGUGGGAGGCUGUGGCUCUUGCAGCAUCCUGGCAGCGGUGCUGGCGACCAGCUUUUGUGUCAUUAAAGGUGUCCUGCAGUGCA